CGCGCAUGGGCGCUAGCCUGCCAAACACGUGAAACAGACCGACGAGGCAGAAGUCAUGUCUAAAUCUAAACAGAAACGGGCCAAACGACUCGGUUUUCUCGGAAAGUUUAAAAAUAAAGAUGGAGGAAAGRCUGAUACUUCAGGGAAAACAAAUGCAAAACAAACAGCUAAGGACUCCAGAAAACCAGAGGAUGUCAGGAAGCAGAGGCUUCAAGACCUCCAGGAAAAGCAGAAGCGGUCUAGAGAGCGUGAGAUGAUGAAGAGGAGAAAUCUGGAUGUGUUUCAGAAUGACAUCCUUCGGCGCCAAAGAGAGUUUGAGCAGAAGGAAACAGACAUGCAGAGUUUGGAGAAACAUGUUAACUUUGAAAAUGAGAAUUCAAGAAAAGCAUACUACAGAGAGUUUAAAAAGGUGGUGGAGGCCUCGGAUGUCAUUUUGGAGGUCUUGGAUGCACGAGACCCUCUGGGCUGCAGAUGUCCUCAGGUGGAACAGGCCGUCAUUCAGAGUGGAACCAACAAAAAGAUAGUUUUAGUCCUCAAUAAGAUCGAUUUGGUAUCAAAGGAAAUCGUAGAGAAGUGGAUUAAGUAUCUUCGUAACGAGUUUCCUACUGUGGCAUUCAAAGCAUCGACUCAACAACAAAAUAAAAACUUGAAACGCAGCAACGUUUCUGUGACACAAGCCACCGCAGAGCUCCUCAGCAGCAGUGCAUGCGUCGGAGCUGACUGCUUGAUGAAAUUACUUGGCAACUAUUGUCGCAACAUUGACAUAAAGACGGCCAUCACUGUGGGUGUUGUAGGUUUUCCUAAUGUAGGAAAGAGUAGUUUGAUCAACAGUUUGAAACGAGCGCGAGCAUGUAAUGUUGGAGCCACUCCUGGGGUCACAAAGUGUCUUCAAGAAGUACAUUUGGACAAACACAUAAAGCUCCUGGAUUGUCCUGGUAUUGUCAUGGCAACAUCAACCACAGACGCGGCCAUGAUUCUUCGUAACUGCGUGAAAAUCGAGCAACUCGUGGAUCCUCUUCCACCUGUUGAAGCCAUCCUCCGACGCUGCAACAAAGCACAGAUCAUGAGUCACUACGGAGUGCCAGACUUUCAGACGGCUCAGGACUUCCUGGCUCUUCUUGCCCGACGACUGGGCAAGCUGAGGAAGGGCGGUCUGCCUGACACUGACAAAGCUGCUAAGAGUGUACUGAUGGACUGGACAGGAGGAAGGAUCAGCUACUUCACACACCCUCCAGAAACCCACACUCUGCCCACACACAUCAGCGCUCAGAUCGUUUCAGAGAUGGGCAAAGCCUUUGACUGGGAUGAGCUGGAAAAGGGAAAUCAGGACGUUCUUGCAGAGUCAUCUUGUCUGGAUGUCCCCAUGGGUUUCUGCAUGGAAACCACUGGGAUGACGCAGGGAAGUCAAGUUGAUCCAAAUAAUGAGCUGGAAAUGGAAGGAGGCUCAGUGGAAGGGWCCACAUUUAAAGAUGAAUGUGAAACUAUGGAGGACGAUCAUGAUUCAGAGUUUGGACCAAUGACGGUGGAGAUAAAAGCCCAGAAGAAGACUGAUUUGACUGUAAAGGAGGUGGCUCCAAAAGCUCCGGAUUUGAAGAGUAUUGUAGGUGUAGAUCCACUGCAGCAGGGCCAGGCGCUCCUGGCUGCCAACAAGAAAAGGAAAAAGCUACAGAAAAGAGCAGACAAAAUUGCCACCAAACUCUCAGACACACUGACUUCUGCAAUGGACUUCUAAUUUUUAGAAGACUGAUCAAAAUUAUAUUUAAAUAAAGUUUCUGGAAAUGGUUA